AUCUGGAGUGGCGCUUGUCGGAUUUUGCGGUACGUCUCUUGUUAAAGAUGGGGAAAGGAUAUAAUAAUUAUAUGUGCAAGAAGUUUUUCCACCCAACAAACUUCGAAAACAUAAAGAGAAAGUGGAUGGCUGAACAGGCAAAUGAGUACGAUACGAAAAAGGAACUAGAGAAACUAAAUCAAUAUCGUCGGGAACAAGAAACACUUGAAAACCGUGUCCUUCUGGGUGAUGAAAAAGCUAGGCUAGGCUUAGCAUGGAUGUAUGACCAGCCUGCUUUAAUGGAAAAGGUUAGUUUAGGAGUAUAUGUUAGUAAUCAUUUGAAUAGGAGCAACCUGACGACAAAGAGGUGAAGUUUGAAUGGCAAAGGAAAUAUUGUGCUCCGAGAGAAAGCUAUUGCAAAAACUCGUCAGAGAUCAUAGAUCAGCCCUUUGCCAUCGAAGUCCGAAACGUACGAUGCAUGCGGUGCAAACAAUGGGGGCACUUAAACACUGAUCGUGUUUGUCCACUUUUUGGUCAGUCUUUCACUAAGGAACCAACAACAAGCGAUAUGAUUGGUCUUGACCAAGUUAAAAAAAAUCUACAAAAAGAGGGGCUUACUUUGAAGCGAGGAACUGAUCUGGACCGUUUUACAUCUGUAUUUAGCAAAGCAAAGAGUGCACUGACCAGUGUCUCAAAGCAAACAUCUGAAGAAGAAGAUUCUCUAGCCAUGGAAUUCCUCAAAAACCUCACCGAAAGACAACGUGAAAAGCUACUAAAAAAGCUUUCGAAGCUUUCAGACAAGUCCCCGAGGCAAAAUCAUAAAUCGAAGCAUAAACAUUCAAGGUGGCAUUGAGAUUAAAUGAAAAGCGGUUCGGAAUGAUUUGAUUCUUUAAGUUGUAUAUACUUUUAAUUAAUCCUUUUAAUUAUAUUGAUCUACGCUAAAA